AUGAUGCCCUUCCUUCCUGUCAUAAUAGCGGGCGCCCCAGGGCGGUACCCAGGCACUCUGCUGUUCGGCGAAUUCCCCCUCGAACUAAGUUGCAUUGUGCCGCAAGAAGGCUUCCCGUGCGCUUCAGCUGCACGAUCGCACUCGCGUUGAGUUGCGCCUGUCUGACGUACGACUCGAUCGAGUGCUAUCUGUUCCCUAACGUUUCAUCUUUGUCACCCCCGUGGGAAUACAUUAUUUGAACAUGGUAGAUGCCUCUUUGGUUUCUCGCAGAAGGAUUUCGUCGGUCAUUGCAGAAUAUUAUGUUGUGCCCUCAUGCUCAACCAGCACCCGCUCGCUAUCUGAGUUGUCCGUGCGAACCCAGCGAGCGUUGGGACAACCAAAACUGCUAUCUACUCUGAGAGCAACGAUCGCGUUGCUCUGCCGCUCCCUCUCUCUGCAAUGUCAGCUGUACACGCAAUGUUUAGAGAAUACCCCUAUCAUCAUGCCUUGUCGUAUUUCGUCGGGGAUCGAAGCAGUCACU